AUGGCCGCCUUCUUCACAUCUGCUCUGAAGAGCUUUAAGGGGGGCGAGGAGGAACCACCCAAGGGGCCCCCCAAGGAUGGCAAGGCGGCCACGCUGCCCAACGGCAUGGCUCGCGAGGAGUUUGAGGAGUACCAGCGGCAGCUGCUGGAGGAGAAGAUCGAGCGGGACAAAGCCUUUGCGCAGAGGAAGGCAGAACGGGCCACGGUGCGGAUGCACCUGCGGGACAAGUACCACCUGGCCCAGGACGAGCGGGACGAUGCCCAGCUGCACGUGGCCGGCGGCGCAGUGGAGCUGCCGGAGGAGCUGGCUGCCAUGGUGCACAGCGAGGGGGAGGAGGAGGAGGAGGAGGAUGGCGACGCCGGGGCCUUGGCCUUCCUGACCAAGCUGCGGGACGUGGACCUGCAGGCCCUACGGGACCGCGCGCUGGGUACCGUGGACGAGGUGAAGGAGAAGUGUGCCCUGAUGUAG